AUUAUAUGUAUUAUCUAUGGCAGCCGGCGAAUCCGGCGAUUUGUUUACUGAAUUUUGUUGUCUUGACGAGGUGGUUGUGAAUAUUUUUAGAGCAAUCCACAGUUAAUUUUAGGACUAUAUAGUGUAGUUCGUGACAUUCAUCAGAAAAAUGAGAUGUAUUAAAACAGCCCUGCAGAUUAUUUUCCUUCUUAAUGUUUGCUUGGCUACCCUUUCGCCACCCUCUGAUAAAAAGGGCCAAAAAGGUGUUAAGCCUCAAGAAGGGCCUAGGAAAAACAAUGUUUUAGAUCGUAAGUUAGUAAACGAAGCACCUUUAGUGAAAGAUAUUAUAAAAUACCAUGCUACGUACCAUCAAGAUGUAGUAACGCGGAAUUUCAAGAAUGCCGUCUUAGGUUACGUUACACCUUGGAACAAUAAAGGCUAUGAUGUGGCGAAGACGUGGGCACCUAAGUUCAACUAUGUUUCGCCAGUAUGGCUGCAAAUUAAACGACAAUCACCCAACAUUUACAUCAUAUCUGGCCUGCAUGACGUUGACCAUGCCUGGAUGAAGUCAGUGAAGCAAAAAGGCUCUACCUCGAAUCUGAAAUUAUUACCAAGAAUUCUCUUUGAGAACUGGCAGCCAUCUGAUUUAAAAGCCUUUUUCAUGGAGCCUACUUCUCAUACAGAACAGAAAGCUCUUAUAGAGGAGAUUAAGAAGGCUUGUAAACAAUGGAAGUUUGAUGGUGUGGUGCUUGAGGUGUUGUCACAGAUAGGGAAAUAUGUUGACAAGUCUGUUAAGUUUAUACAACAAUUUGGUUUGGAGAUGAAAGAGGAUGAUCUAAGUCUUAUUCUAGUCUACCCACCAUUCCGUGGAUUCCCCACUGAUGAGUUCUUCAUCCAAGCUUUUAAUGAUAUAUACCCAUAUGUUGAAGCUGUAUCUGUUAUGACAUAUGACUUUUCUAGUCCUCAGAAGCCAGGACCUAAUGGCCCACUUUAUUGGGUAAGACUAUGUGUAGAGAAACUAAUAGACAAUGAUGAAAAUCCUUCAAAGAGAUCCAAGAUUUUACUUGGAUUGAAUUUCUAUGGCAAUUCUUAUACAGCCAACGGUGGCGGGCCCAUUGUUGGCACAGAAUAUAUAGAAUUAUUGAAACAUGCCAAAAAUAAUCAAGCAUUAUCUUAUAAUAAUAAUACAGCUGAGAAUUAUGUGGAAAUCAGAACAUCACAAGGGACCAAGAAAAUAUUCUAUCCUACAUUAUACUCUAUACAAAAGCGUCUCGAGUUGGCCAAAGAAUAUGGUACAGGCGUCGCCAUUUGGGAGCUCGGGCAAGGCCUCGACUACUUCUACGACUUAUUUUGAUUAGCGUGUGAUAAUAAAUAUAAGUUAAUUAAAACCUUUAUGUUUUGUGAUAUUCUUAAUUCCAGAUUUUUUAAGGAACGAAUAAAUUAAAGACCUAUA